CUCAUGACAGAACCAGGACGUAUGCCAGCCCACAAACGACGCCGCCUCGCGUCGGACGCCAACCCAGCCCAACACAUCGAUCCCGACGCGUCGAACGCGACGUCUGAAGGUCAAAUCCCCAACUUCAGAUUGUUGAAGGCGGUCGCCUGCUCGUCGUGCCACCGUGCUCUGACAGGCCCGAAGUCGGCCCACGCCGUCAUCUGCGCCAGGUGCAAUGCGCCGACCUGCCCCAUAUGUUCGCGCACCUGCUCGGCAGCGCCACCUUCUCAACCCCCUACCCCUCUCCUGACAUAUUCACCGACACCACCUGCUACACCCGCGCCUUCUCCACGUCGGAUGGCGCUCAGUCUGAGUAACAAUAAUGUGGGGUCAGUCACGCCUCGCAGGAGGAAGGUUCGCGACGAGGACGGUCCUAGCGUCGUGCAAGACGCGUUUGGUUAUGGGAAUAAGGUGCAGAACGAGCAGUACGAUGGGGAGAUGGACGGGUGGACUCCGGGAUGCGGGAGGGUUGUGUGCAAGAAUUGUUGUUUGGAGUCUCCAAUCAGUGAGACGAAUACGUGCUAUGACUGCUACGGCAAGCCAUACAAACCCUCUGCAUAACCGAAUUCACUGCUUCGGUCUUGCUGCUCAUCCACGAGUUAGCGGACUCCACGCCACUCAACCUAUCGUCUUAUUCCUUUUCUUUUUCCGGUUCUUCUGCUUCCAUGUCCGUUGUAUGCUGUCCCAUCAUGCUUUAUGUCUUUGUGCACCAAUCAUCCCUCCAUCCUCUCCAUUGUUAUAUCAGUUUUUUUUUAUCUAGCCUGUGUGCGCUUCUGUACUUAUGUUGGUUCACCGCUCAUGAACUUGUCCAGCGUUGCUUUGCUCGCCACGUACGUACAUGCAUCUAGGCUUCAUUCAUCCUUCUUCUGCCGGAAAACAUACUAUACUU